UUGCUGGCGCUCGCCUCGUCGUCAGGUGCCGCGCUCUCGCGCCCGGCUCACCUCAGCGGAGGGACACCUCCACUUAAUUCCACCUCUCCGACGGCGGCUUGAAAUAUAGGAAGUGGCUUCACCCACCCAAGACGAGGAAGGCUUCCCAGACGCUUUUCUUUUUUCUUCUUCUUUUCACUGUGAUUCAUAACACACAAAGCGGGCCCGAACUGGAAGAACUGCCCCCCUCCCCGGGGGAACUGGAUGUAAGAAUAGGUACUUUUUCUUGCUCACCUUUUAGCAAGCGCAAGUGAACGACGACGGUUUGUUUUUUGUUUUUUUGUUGAUCUACAUUUACUGGAAUAUUAGUUGUACACCUCCCCCCCACCCCGCUGCUGUCAGCAAUGUUCGUAACCCUGAAAGCAACGUGACUGCUCCUGCCUUGGGAGUGGGUGGACGUUGAGGGGGGCAGGAGUGGGGUAUGGUGAAGCCGGGCUCUGUGCCUCAGGAUGAGCACUAUGGAUGGAGAAGGGGCUGCCAGUGAAGAUGGGCGGGUCUGUGUUUUACAGAUCUACUCCAGGUUGUCCCAGUGCACAGCUCCCUGCUGUACCCUGAAGGUCAGCACCACGGACACCACCGUCAUGGUCAUCCAGAACGCAGUGGCCACUAUGGGCCUGGAUGUGAACCAGGCGUACAGCUUGCUGGAAGUCAGGGAGAACGGAGGGGAGGAGAGAGCGCUGGAUGCCGAGGAGUGCCCCAUGGAGAGAUUUCUACUUUGGCCCCCAGAGGCCCGCAAUAGUCACCCUCAGAGCCAGGGGUACUACUUCAUCCUCCAAGGCGGAAGUAGCCAGGUUUCAAAUAGUGGGGAGGAUUAUGACAACCUCUGCAAUCUGCCCGCCUUGACGGAGGACAGCAUUCUGGUGGCCUUACGACAGCGCUUCAGCAAACACAAAAUCUACACCUAUGCCAGUGGUAUCCUCAUCGCUGUCAACCCUUACAAGUUCCUGCCCAUGUACUACAACCCCAAGUACGUUAAGAUGUACGAGAACCAACCCCUGGGGAAAUUGAGUCCCCAUGUAUUCGCCAUGGCAGAUGUGGCCUACCGUGCCAUGCUUAACAAGCAGGUGAACCAAUGCAUUGUGAUAUCAGGGGAGAGUGGCUCAGGAAAGACUGAGAGCACCAGCUUUCUUAUCCACUGUCUGACUGCCCUAAGCCAGAAACUCUACUGCAGUGGGGUGGAACGAACCAUUUUGGGGGCUGGCCCAGUACUAGAGGCCUUUGGAAAUGCCAAAACAGUGCAGAACAACAACUGUAGUCGGUUUGGAAAGUUCAUCCGGCUCAACUAUCUAGAGAGUGGUGUUGUCAGAGGGGCUGUAAUUGAGAAGUACCUGCUAGAAAAGUCUCGCCUUGUGUGCAGGGAUAAGAAUGAGAGGAACUACCACGUUUUCUAUUAUCUGCUGAUGGGAGCGUCAAAGGAGGAGCGGAAGGAAUUUAAGCUUCUGCAGCCCCAGGAUUACUUCUACCUCAAGCAGGAAGACUUCCUUUUAGAUAAAGAUGAAGAGAAACUUAGGCAGGAGUACAAGAGGCUCCAUCAAGCUAUGGAGAUGGUUGGCUUCCUUGAUGCCACCAAGAAACAGGUGUUCUCCAUCCUGUCUGCCAUCCUGUACCUGGGAAAUGUGACAUACACCCUGACAGAGGAGGGUCAGGUGCUGGAGGUUGGACCUGCUGAUGUCCUGUCCACACUGUCUGACCUGCUCAAGGUGAAAAAAGAGCUACUGGUGGAAGCCCUGGCCAAGAAAAGAGCAGUGACCUCUAGCGAUACGCUAAUAUUACAGUACACAUCGAAAGAGGCCACCACAGCACGAGACUCCAUGGCUAAGUCUCUGUACAGCGCCCUGUUUGACUGGAUCGUCCUGCACAUUAACCAUGCGCUCCUCAACAGGCGGGAUAUGGAGGAGUCGGUCUCUUGUUUGUGGGUUGGCAUCCUGGAUAUCUUUGGGUUUGAGAACUUCCAGUCAAACGGCUUUGAGCAGUUUUGCAUCAACUAUGCCAAUGAGAAACUACAGUAUUACUUUAAUCAGCACAUCUUCAAGCUGGAGCAGGACGAGUACCUGGCAGAGGGUAUCACCUGGAAUAACAUAAACUACACUGACAACAUGGGCUGCAUUCAGCUGAUCAGCAAAAAACCAAGUGGACUCUUUCAUCUGCUGGAUGAGGAGAGCAGCCUUCCUCAGGCCACAGAUGAGACGUUAUUGGAUAAGUUCAAGCAGCAGCACCAAGGCAACCCACUGUUUGUACCCACUACAGUGAUGGAGCCAGCCUUUAUCAUCCAGCACUUUGCUGGUAUGGUAAAAUAUCAGCUCAAGGCUUUCCGCGAGAAGAACACAGACCACAUGCGUUGUGAGAGCAUAUCGCUACUACGGAGCAGCAAGCGGGCGUUCCUCCGUCAGCUAGUAGGGUUCAGUCCAGUUGCGGUGUUUCGAUGGGGCAUCCUCCGAGCCACCAUCCGCAUCCUCGCAGCCUUCAAGGAGAUGGGACGUCGAAGGGCGGAGUCAAUGGCAGCAAAACGCAACGUCCGCAAAUCCCUGAGAGACACGAAGACGCCAAGUACUGUGAUGCAGAGGCUAUCCAGCAACAGCCUCACUUUGGAUUUCUCAUUUGAUCGGUCUGACGAGCAUCCUCUUGAUGUGUUUGAGGACAUCUUUGCCAACUAUGAAAAAGGGAAGAAAAACAGAGGCAGUCGACAGAAACAGCUCAUUCCAAAGAAUCUUAUGGACUCGUGCUCCAUCAAACACAUCAUGGGACUGACUUUGCAUGACAGGACAACCAAAGCCAUUCUUCAUCCUCAUCAGAGGAGGAAGACCCCCAGUAUUAGUGCUCAGUUUCAGUCAUCACUCACUAAGCUGCUGGAGACGCUUGAAAAAGCUGAGCCGUUUUUCAUUCGCUGUAUCCGUUCCAAUGCUGAAAAGCGGAAGAUGCACUUUGAUGACGAAUUGGUGCUACAGCAAAUCAGACACAUGGGCUUGCUGGAGACGGUUCGCAUCCAGAAGUUGGGCUACAGUGCAAGAUAUACUUUUAAGGAAUUUGUUAAGAAAUUCAGAAUGUUGCUGCCAAAAGAUGCUGCUGCAGAGCCAGAGGAGAUAACUAAAAUGCUUCAGAAGAUGGGCCUGGACCCAACCACCUACCAAACAGGGAAAACAAAGGUGUUUCUGAAGGAGAAGGAGAGACAAUGGCUCCAAGACACUCACAAUAAGGAAGUGAUGCGUCACAUCAUCAUCCUGCAGCACUGGUUCCGUUGCUGUCUCAUAAGAAUGCACUUCCUGCAAAAGAAAGAUGCUACCAUGAUUAUACAGAGGUGCUGGCGUCACUUUUAUGACAAACGCCGAGGCCAAGCUGCCACAGUUAUUCAGAUGGCAUGGCGGAUUUCAAAGGAGAAGCCGGAGAACUUGUGUCAGCAGAACAACGAUGCCAAGGAAAUGUCCGGAAAACACAGAAGAUGCCAGAGCUUGGAGAGGAGAGAACUGAAAAGACAGCAGGGCAUCGAGCACAGUCCCAGCAGGAGCCAGCAGCCUGACCCUGUCAGUGACCAGGAUGGCGUCGGAGACGAGCAGCCUGGGGAGAGGACCAGAGACGAGGGGAGGCAGGAGUGCAGGACAUCCUCACCGUAUCUCGACAGACCUCUCUCUGUCCCCCUGGACUCUAAAGCUGGCAGAUGUGCGGGCUCCACCAGCCCCUCAUCCUCCAGCCCCCUCCACCGCUACACCAACUUGGAUGGCAUCAGGGAGAAGGCUGACAGGUGGAAGGGACGGAGGAGUGAGGGUGAAAGGACAGAUGACUCGAGUCCAGAAAGGCUGUGCCUGAGAGAUAAGAGAGCGGAAGGGCUCCAGAAAAAGGGGAAGUCUAUGUCUGUUGACGAAUUGUCCAAGCUCAGUUCCUCGGGGUCAGAUAGUUCUCCUUCUACAAAUGAGGUCAAGUUCCGCAUGCGGCCCAAACGUAAGAGGCGUUUAGCCUAUGCUCGCAGCGGACUGAGAUUUAACUUUGUGGGCUCCAAGGAGAGCGAGUACUGGAGCUUUCCUCUGCCUCCCAUCAGUCCCAAAGAACCCAGACUGAAGAGCUCAGCCAGUAGCGUGGACGUCCGCAGCAACAAAUCCCAGGUCAAGAACUUACAAGAACCUGAUGGGUCGAGAUUCAGCCUUCCUCCCAAGAGUACCAAUGAGAGCUCAGGAUCCCGGGGAGCAAACCAUCCACAGCCGUCGACUCCAGAGAGGCUUUCGUUCCUCAGUAAAAUUCUGAAGAAGCGAACACCCAAGGAGUCACAGACGAAUGAGUCUCAGAAUGAAAAAGAAGCCCCCCUACUCACCUACUCCCCACAUCCCUACCACACGCCGAACCAGAGCACUGGGAGAACACGCCGCAACCCCACUAUUCAUAUCAGCCGGGCCACUCGGGCCAGACAGUGGAAUGCCUCUCUGGAGCGUGAGAUCACCGUCACCCAAGAGCUGCGAAACCUGGAUGAAUUCCUGGGCAGUCAGGUGAAUGAGCUGCGCACCAGGGUAAAAGAGCUGUCAGAGACGGAGACCAUCUUCCUCACAGCCACCAUGCAGUUUAGAGACACCAUAAAAAGCAUGUACUCCGUCCCGAAGCCCCAGAUUGCAUACAAGGACCUGAUGAAGGGAUACCAGAACAAAGUUAUGAGCCUAGCAAAGCCCAGACAGAAAACAGAGGUCCAGCUGGUGGUGAAUCUGUUCAGGUCUGUGCUGGACGGCUUCGUCAGGGGAGAGAUCAAACGAGAGGAGGCUGAACCAGUCAAGUCCACCAAGAAAACCAAGAAGAGGAGGAAGAAGGACAAAUGUCCAGACGGCCCUCUGGAUCACAUGUUCAGUACAUACCAGGUGAACAUCAUGCAGUCUUGUGACUUGUGUGGUUCUUACAUCUGGGGCAUGGAGAAAGCCUAUAUGUGUAGUGCUUGUAAGUUAAUAUGCCACAAGAAAUGUCUCACCAAAGUCAUUACCGAUUGUUCGACGCGGUGUGCCAGGAAGGAUGACAGCAAGCCUGGCUCCCUUCACUUUGGAGUGCAUGUGUGGGUCCUCACCAGCAAAGCCAACACAGUGCCCAUGGUGGUGGAGAUGUUGUUAAUGCAUGUAGAGAUGAAUGGCCUCUACACGGAAGGUAUCUAUCGCAAGUCUGGGUCAGCUUGUCGAGCUCGGGAACUGCACCAGAUUCUGGAAACUGAUCCAGAGGCAGCAUGUCUAGAGAACUACCCCAUCCACACCAUUACAGGCCUAGUUAAACGCUGGCUCCGGGAGCUGCCUGACCCCCUCAUGACUUUCACCCUCUACAAUGAUUUCCUGCAUGCUGUGGAGUUGCCUGAGAGAUCAGAGCGAAUGAGGGCCCUUUACCAAAAGCUUGAUGCACUUCCCUCUGCUAACUACAACACAUUGGAACGGCUCAUCUUUCAUCUUGUAAGAGUUGCAAAGGAGGAAGAUCACAACAGAAUGUCUCCGAGCUCUCUUGCUAUUGUGUUUGCCCCUUGUAUUCUGCGCUCCCCUGAUGCUGAUGACCCCUUUCUUGGCAUGAAAGAUGUGUCCAAAACUACAUUGUGCGUGGAGAUUCUAAUCAAUGAGCAACUCAGACGUUACGAAGAGAAGAUGCAGAACAUCCAGGAGCUGGAAUAUGCAGAGGCCCUGGCUGUCAAUGAGCUCAAACUGAGGCGGCAAAAUACAGUAGUAGAAAGUUCCUUAGAGCUGAAUGUUCCUGAGUUAAAGGGAUAUGACAACGAAACUGAGACGCUCAUUGAAAGAAUCAAGUCCAUCAAGGAGGAGAAGGACGACUUGGCCUAUAGCUUGCCUGAGCUGGAACAGGAGAACUCUGAUAAUGACAACCUGGACUCUGAGUCAUCCAUGAGCUCAGACAGCCUACUAGAGGACCACAUAGGGAGCCUUGACUCGGAAGGAAAAGUGGCCAUGCGACCCCAAAUCCAGAGGCCUGGCUGCCCACCUAAACCUCCUGACUUGGCACUCAGAAUUCAAAGUUUGAUGAGUCAGACAAAUGAUGGUACUGUCAAAUCACAAUCACAAUGCCUUGACCCCAGUCAAGACAGACCCCCAAGCUCCCCCAAGCCAUCCAACAAGCCGCAGCUUACCUGCCAAAGUGUGAAUGGAAGCUUUGAUGACCUGGACAUCCCAUUCAUAGAUGAUGACGUCUGAUAUGAUCAUAGAACAUUGAGAAGAGUACUUAAGAGUUAUGCUGGCAGCAGUUGUAAGGAACAUUAUGGUCUCAAGUAAGAGUAAUUAAAGAAACUGUAUUACAGUGAGCCCAAACCAUGUAUUUUUUUCCCCCAAUGUAUCCCUUUGAUAUGCUCAAUACUGCUGCAGAAAUGGAGUCACUUGAGGAUUUAUGUGUAUUCAAUGGGAGGUUAUAUAGACUGUUACUUCAGUAUUUUCAUUCUAUCUGGAGUACAAAAAAUAACAGCUAGGACCACUUGACAGUGAGGUGACAACUACAUGACUGCUAUUGUUGUAUGUAAUGUCAAACAUAUCCCAUAAAUGUACAUAUCUUAAAAGGGUAAGUAUUUUGGACAAGUUUUUGGAAAGUGUUUUCGCAAUCUCCUAAUCUGUAAACACUACGGGACAAUAUGAUGAGGAACCGCUGAUCUAGCUGCAGCACGACAUUACAGGUGCUUUGUUUUCAAGUUGCGCCUAAUGGACAUGCUUCAAAAUUCAGCACCACUAUUGGAUGAAGUUCCUGCUCUGUGGAAAUUGUUUCUUUGUGGGAUCAUAACAAUUAUUUUUACACAAGACUUUUUUAAAAUUUUAUCUCACACUGUUGAAAGGUCGUAUUUUUGUCUUGUUUGUUCACAAAGAGGUGUGUUUCAAAUGUCAGACCCCCCCCCCCCCCCAUAUCGUGUGGGGUGCAUUGCAGUUCCCAUUUACGCUGUAGUUUAACCUGGCUAUGCAUUUUUUCCCAUGCAUGUCUGUAUAUUUGCUAAGGCUUCAAACCUCGUGUAUAUUGUGAUUGACAUUCUCAGUCUGACUCGGAAUAAACGGAGCGUAA